GACGCGGCCGUGGGGAAACGUGAAGUUUGUGCGGCUCAAAAUGACGCAAAAAUUCUUGAAGAGCUCUUUGGUGGCGGAUAUCUAGAGAUCAGACCAUGUGAGGGGCCGAGAGUACAAAUACGGCCGCUUGGGCGCAGCUCCCGCACAGGCAGCAGUCGCCCCCGGUGCCUCGAGGGCGCGAGGGUCGCCCGCCUCGGUGAGCCCCGGGACCAGCCUCCCCACGGACUCCCGGCAGAGCCCUCCACCCCAUUGACUUAAAGCUCUGAGGACCCCACAGAUCGUGCACCAAGAAUUUUGUUCUGGUCCUUGGCAGAUGGGCGUCAGUACCAUCUACUAGACAGCAGGAUGGAGACCACACCUUUAAAUUCGCAGAAUGAGCUAUCAGUGUGUAAGGAUGGAGAAGACUGUCAGGAAAAUGGAGUUCUACAGAAGGGUGUCCCCGCCCCUGGGGAUAAGGCGGAGUCCAGCCAGAUCUCCAAUGGGUACUCAGCGGUUCCGAGCCCCAGUGCAGGAGAAGACACUCAGCACUCCAUCCCGGCUGCCACCACCGCCCUAGUGGCUGAGGUUCACCAAGGGGAACGGGAGACCUGGGGCAAGAAGAUGGAUUUCCUCUUGUCAGUCAUUGGCUAUGCUGUGGACCUGGGCAACGUCUGGCGCUUUCCCUACAUAUGCUACCAGAAUGGAGGGGGGGCGUUCCUCCUCCCCUACACCAUCAUGACCAUUUUCGGGGGGAUCCCACUCUUCUAUAUGGAACUCGCGCUGGGCCAGUACCACCGAAACGGAUGCAUUUCCAUAUGGAGGAAAAUCUGCCCGAUUUUCAAAGGGAUCGGGUACGCCAUCUGCAUCAUUGCCUUUUACAUUGCCUCUUACUACAACACCAUCAUGGCCUGGGCGCUCUACUACCUCAUCUCCUCCUUCACCGACCGGCUGCCCUGGACCAGCUGCGAGAACUCCUGGAACACCGGCAACUGCACCAACUACUUCUCGGAGGGCAACGUCACCUGGACGCUCCACUCCACCUCCCCUGCAGAGGAAUUUUACACGCGCCACGUGCUGCAGAUCCACCGGUCUAAGGGACUCCAGGACCUGGGGGGCAUCAGCUGGCAGCUUGCCCUCUGCAUCAUGCUGAUCUUCACUGUGAUCUACUUUAGCAUCUGGAAAGGUGUCAAAACAUCUGGCAAGGUGGUGUGGGUGACUGCCACCUUCCCUUACAUCAUCCUUUUGGUCCUGCUGGUGAGGGGCGCCACCCUCCCCGGAGCCUGGAGGGGUGUUCUCUACUACUUGAAACCCAACUGGCAGAAACUGCUGGAGACCGGGGUGUGGGUGGAUGCUGCCGCUCAGAUCUUCUUCUCUCUUGGUCCUGGCUUUGGGGUCCUACUGGCUUUCGCUAGCUACAACAAAUUCAACAACAACUGUUAUCAAGACGCCCUGGUGACCAGCGCGGUGAACUGCAUGACGAGCUUCGUUUCAGGUUUUGUCAUUUUCACGGUGCUUGGCUAUAUGGCCGAGAUGAGGAAGGAAGAUGUGUCUGAGGUGGCCAAAGAUGCAGGCCCCAGCCUCCUCUUCAUCACAUACGCAGAAGCCAUAGCCAACAUGCCGGCGUCCACGUUCUUUGCCAUCAUCUUCUUCUUGAUGUUGAUCACGCUGGGCUUGGAUAGCACGUUUGCAGGCUUGGAGGGGGUGAUCACAGCUGUGCUGGAUGAGUUUCCGCACAUCUGGGCCAAGCGCCGGGAGUUGCUUGUGCUCUGUGUGGUCGUUACCUGCUUCUUCGGGUCCCUGGUCACCCUGACUUUUGGAGGGGCCUAUGUGGUGAAGCUGCUGGAGGAAUACGCCACGGGGCCCGCUGUGCUCACCGUCGUGCUGAUAGAGGCAGUCGCCGUGUGCUGGUUCUAUGGCAUCACUCAGUUCUGCAGCGAUGUGAAGGAAAUGCUGGGCUUCAGCCCUGGCUGGUUUUGGAGGAUCUGCUGGGUGGCCGUCAGCCCUCUGUUUCUCCUGUUCAUCAUUUGCAGUUUUUUGAUGAGCCCGCCACAGCUGCGACUUUUCCAGUAUACUUAUCCUCACUGGAGUGUCAUCCUGGGUUACUGCAUAGGGACCUCGUCUUUCAUCUGCAUCCCCACCUACAUCACAUACCGGCUGAUCGUCACUCCGGGGACACUGAAGGAACGUAUUAUUAAAAGUAUCACUCCAGAAACACCAACAGAAAUUCCCUGUGGGGACAUCCGCUUGAAUGCCAUUUAAAACCUUCAACAAGAGGAAAACGGCUCCCCAAACCUCCUCCUCCAGUUCUGAGAAGUCACGCCUCGCCUUCUUCCUCUGUCAACAAGUUUCCAGCUAAGCCUGACAAUGGAAAGGCCAUCUUCACAGAGACACAGUUUCAAAAGACUACGGUACCCAGACUCCUAAGGCCCCCAGCCAUGUCUUUCUGUGAAAUCUCCUGGAUGUUUUACCAUGUUAGACUCUGUGAUGCAGCUGAACUGGACUAGUUUGGAUGCAUGAUCAUGUGUAUGGAAGUGAUGAAAACCACCAUAUAAUCGGUUAGGAUUAGGUUUAGAAUAAAGUCUGUGAACAUCUCUUGUAUCAUUUCUCAUGAUGAUCAUUGGUAUCUGACAUGCUUCCUUCUAAAUUUUUCAUUGUUGAUGGAUGCAUAAACCGUGUAGGGAAAAACAGGGAUGCUGUCUUGCUAGCCAUAUAUUUUCUGAGUAGCGUAGAAUUCUGUAGCUGGAUCUACUAGAACUCUAUAACCCAUGUGCUGCUGUGGAGUCAAGAGAGGAAGGUGUAAGAGACAUGUGUACAUGUGAGUAUAUGUGUGUACUGUUUCAGUGUAUGCUUAUCUUUAUUUUAAUACUUUGAGACUAUUACAAACUAUAUGAAUUUUCCCUAAUUUUUCUUACAUUAAUCAAUUCUACCUACUCAAAUGUGUAUGUAUGUUAUUAUUUGAAAACUAUAAUUACUACAACGUGCUCUGCCACCUUUUCCUUUUCCAGGGACACUACUUGGGCCCACACACCUUGCCUUGUGGGUCAGCCUUUAGCAUUUACUGAACUUGAUUCUCAUCUUCCAGUAUCUCUCUGCUAAACAUUUAGUAUAGUGUUCCACAGGCAGAUCUGGUUUAUUUCACUAGUCAUUGUGGCUCGACCAUGAAUUACUUUGAAGACGGAUAUUGACAAAUGCAUCUUCAGUGUUCAGUUGGCUAUGGGAUGUAAGCUCUGUAGGCUUCAAAUGGCUUGAGUUUGACAGUGGAGGUUACUUUGCUUUGUGAAGAAAGGAUGAAUCCAAUUCUCACAUAUAAGGUACAUAGAUUAGGAACCCUGACCUAAGCCAAGGUCAUCCUCAAUCUGAAAGUGAUUGGAGAGUCUAGGGUAGCCUUUAAUGAACACUUCUCCCACUCUCAGCCCCUUCCUGGUUGACUGCCAGGACUGAGCCCUCCAGAUAAUUUUCAAGACUGAGUCUAAGUAAGGUUGAUGGGAGAAGGGUCAGUUAAAUGAAUAACCUUUCAAGUUCCAUAUAUAGCCUUUAAUAUAAAUCAAGUAAAUUUGACCUUCAGUGGCUUAUGGCUCUCAGACGCAUGGUCAGAGAAGCAAAUUUUACCUUGUGUAAGAUUUUCUUAUCAAAGUCUUAAGGGGAAUAAAGCCUAGUCAAUGAUAAAACAACUCAAUUAUCUAUUUCCAUAUCACUUCAGUUCUAUAUAGAAAUCAAAUUAAAUUCUAACAACCUUAUAGAAAGAAGAUCCAUAUAAUAGAGGUCUGGUUUUAUUUGUUUAUAGUUCUUCCCUCCUUGGCCUCCUUUCCCUAGCAAUCUUCCCUGGCCUUCUUGUAUUCCCCCGACAUCCUUCUGUUUCUGAUUCUUCGCUUUUUCCAGAAGGAUUUUUUUUUCUCCUUACAGAGGAUAGUGGCUGAGUUUCCAAAAUAUUACAGGAAAAGAGGAGGGGGAUUGAAAAAUAUUCUGUACUGACCUACCUUCAUUAUCUUCCCUCUUUUAUUCCUUCUUGCUUCCUAAUUUCCAUUCUCUUUGCUUUCUAACAUGCUUAAAGGAUAUAUAAGGGGCAGCAUACUCAGUGUCAAUAGCUCUGCAAAUUUUAAAAAUUGGUCUGGCUAUGGAUUCUCACCAUCCCCCACACACUUAUUCUCCAAAGAUAUUUCUUAAAAAUCACCUUUCCAAACAGAAUU